UCUUUGUUUUGGAUCCAUUUGGAGACAUCUCUGUGAACUACCUUCCAUUGAUCUAGAACAUUGACCCCCAUCAAAGCACCUUUCUUCAGGUGGCCUCUCUAUAUAAUGAUCCUAACAAAACAUGUGAUCACAAAAACCCAAUAUCUUCAAGCUCUCCCACGGAAUUCAGAUACAGUUUUAACCCACAAAUGGACAUGAAAACGGAGCAUAGUCGAGAAAUAAAAGGUGACAACGACGACGAUGAUGCUUUCUACGCCGAACUCAGACGUCAGAUUCUGAUUCUGACUUCCGAGGAUGAUGAUGAUGCAGACUUACCGAGAAGCAAACAUUCAAACCUAACAAGAGGUGCUAGAGAAGGCUCAAGCCCCAGAUUCUCUGCUUCGCUAAUACCCGGAAGUUAUUUCAGUUGGUUGGAGAAGGAAAAUACAAAUACGAAUGCUUGUGCUGUACCUGUCUGGCUUGUCAACCUGUGGAGAUCUGGCAAUGGGACGGGGGUGUUCAUUCCUCAUAUUGUCAAAUCCAGAAGACGAAGAAAAAAAUCCGGAAAAAGAUACAACAAACAAGCCAGUGGCAUACAAGAAUGAACACCUUUCCAAUGUCAAAAGAUGUGAAAUUAAACCUUAUUAUGUAUAAAAUGUCAAUACAUAGUGACAAUAAAAAAAAAUAUAUAUAUAUAGGCA